AUGGAGACAAUACUUUCUUUAUCUGGACCUAGGACUACAAUUAUGACAUUCAGCAGAGUGCACAGAAACUCAGGUGAGGCAACUGUUGAAAAAGUUGACGCCGAAACUGUUGUGGAGGGAAGUGUUGUAGCAGAAGAAGGAACAGGCAAACUUAUUCCAACACAAACCUCACCCACCAAGCUUCAAUGUUGUUCCAUCACAAUAGAGCCCCCACUUGGGUCACAAGCUGGAGUGACUCAGCUCGGCAAACAAGCAUACUUAGUUGGUGUAUCUCUUUACCGUUCUCCAAGAUUUGAAAUGAUGAUCCAUUGCAUUGCAGUCAUGGCUUUGCCACUUGUUGAUAAGAGAAUAGAAGCAGGUUGUUUGGAUUUUUGUUUAACGAUUGACACGCAACCAUGUGGCUCGAGCGUAUGUAGCUGUGUUCCUGUUGCAGUAAUUGCUGGUAUCUGCUUACCUGAUAUAGCAGUUGAGUCCAUUGCGAAGAGGCUUGAUGAAUAUCCCCAGCUAUGUGUGUCUCAUCAUGAUUGUGUGAAGAAAGGCAGUGGCAACUUCUGUACUCGUUCUCUUUAUCCAAAUGUGCCUUUUGGCUGGUGCUCUCACUCCAACACUGAACCACUGAAAGGUUUCUUGGCUAUGCCUGAAGCAAUUGACAAAGUGCACAGAAAACUCAAAAAAGUUGACGUGGAAACUGUUGUGGAGGGAAGUGUUGUAGCAGAAGAAGGAACUGGUCUCGUUGAAGAAAAUGUUGAGGAUCACAAUAAGCCAAUCUCGCAAAAUUCUAACCUUAGUGAAUGGGAAGCCAGAAGGCAAACUUAUUCCAACACAACGUCACCCACCAAACUUCAGUGUUGUUCCAUCACAAUAGAGCCCCCACUUGGGUCACAAGCUGGAGUGACUCAGCUCGGCAAUCGAGCACACUUGUGA